AUGGAACCAGAGCCGUCCCCUUCCGCUCUCCUCAAGGCUAUCACAGCCCUCACAGCCACCGUCGGGUCCCUACAGGACCAAAUCCGAGCCCAGAGCCAACAGAUUGUUGAGCUCAGGGCCAUAUGCAAGGAGACCGCAGACCUCCUUGGGGAUAAAGACCAAGGAGCAGCCCAAGCCAAGCCUGGCCCAUCGACUGGGCCUGUCACUCCUCCCACCCACUCGGGAGGAGAAGCCCACACUCCAGGCACGGUUAGGCCUGGACUCAAGGCCCCAUUCCGGCCUUCCAGAGGAACCGGGUUUGACUCAGAGGAAGAGGAAGAACCAAGGCGCCCCAAAAAGGAGCCUCAAGGAACGCCUAGAAGGCAUCUAGGGUCCCUAACCCCCUUUGACGCAGGGUCCAGCGUAAAACGGCCUAAAAUGGACCUCCCCGACCCAUAUAAGGGAGACACCAGGGGCCGCAAAGCCACCCAGUGGCUAGAUAGAAUGAUGCUCUGGGUAGCCCUUCACCGGGACCAAUUUGACGAGGAGGAGCAGAUGGUUGUGUGGAUCCUCUACCACAUGACCAAUAAGGCCGCAGACUGGGCGCUCCCCAUCAUUGGGGCAAUCAUCAAGGGAGAAGGGAACCCUCCUACCACCAUCCAGGCCCUAACGGGCAAAUUCAAAGAGGCGUUUGCCGAUCCAGAUGCCAAGAGGGCCGCUGCCAGGAAAAUUGCGGCACUCUCCCAAACCACCACAACCUCCGAGUAUGUCACGGAGUUCCGCAAUCUCAUGGCGGAAUUAGACUGGAACGAGGAAGCCUACAUCGCGCAGUUCACGCAAGGCCUCCACUGGAAGGUGAAGGAAUUGCUAUCAACCAAAGAUAGCGUUCCUGACAAACUCGAAGCAAUUUUUGCGGCUUCCAUAAAAAUUGACAACAUACGCCGCAAAAACGAGGAGAACCGCCCGAAGAAGGCACCCGCCAAGUCCCCGGCCACCGUGGCCACUACUUCCACCACCACCACUCAACGGGUCCAACUGUCAGAAGACCCUAACUACGUAACACCGGAAGAAAGGGAUCGCCGCCGCGCGUCUGGCCUCUGCGUCAAGUGCGGUCAAAAGGGACAUGGUAUCAAACAGUGCCCCAAUGGCUGGAAGGCCACAGUGAAAGAGUUGGCUAAGCCCCCGACUCAGAAAAAGGACAUUGUAGAUACUUGCGUAGAAUUUGUUUCUGUUGGACUUGACUCUAAUAAAAAACCGCUAUUAUUCAUCAAUCUACACGUCCAAAAUUCCCAGGCAGAACCCAUUAAAACCCUAAUAGAUUCCGGCGCUACCUCCAACUUCAUAUCCCCGAGCUUAGUAGAAAAACUCAAAAUCCCAAAAACCCAACUCGAAAAUCCACGAGUUGUGAGAAUGUUAGAUGGUACAAUCUCCCAGACUGGUCGCAUAUGGCACCAGGUUCAUCUCACGGUUUUGGCCAAUGGCCACACCCACUCCAUACCAUUUCUUGUUUGCCCCAUUGGCAACACCCCGGCGAUCCUAGGCAUGACUUGGUUAACAACAGAGGCUCCUCUCAUUGAUUGGCAACAGGGACUAGUCACAUUCCCUGAACAGAUUCAGAUUGCCUCAGAAGAGGAAGCAGACUCAAACCCUUUAGCGAAUCUUCCCCCACAGUACCACGAGUUCGCUAAAGUCUUUGGUGAAGAAGAGUUCAAGGUCCUCCCGCCACAUAGGGAGUAUGACAUAUCUAUUGACCUUGUUUCGGACGCCAAACUGUCUCCAGGACCAAUAUACGGCAUGACUGACGCGGAAUCCAAGGCACUAAAACAACACAUAGACGAAGAAUUGGCAACAGGAAAGAUCCGUCCUAGUACCUCUUCUGCCGGCGCCCCCGUCAUGUUUGUCAAGAAGGCGGACGGAUCUCUUAGAUUGGUAGUUGAUUACAGGAAGUUGAACAAGGUCACCCAUAAGAAUGUGUAUCCUUUGCCAAGACAGGACGAUCUCAUGGCUAAACUCAGGCAUGCCAAGAUCUUCACCAAAUUGGACUUACGCUGGGGCUACAACAACGUCAGGAUCAAGGAAGGAGAUGAGUGGAAGACAGCGUUCAGGACCAAAUACGGGCUAUUCGAAUAUCUGGUAAUGCCGUUUGGCCUUACCAAUGCCCCCGCUGCCUUCCAGCAUUUCAUGAAUGACCUAUUCAGGGAUCUCAUUGACGUCACAGUAGUCAUAUACUUGGAUAAUAUCUUGAUUUUUUCGGAAAAACCUGAGGAACACCCAUCCCAUGUCAGGGAGGUACUAUCCCGGUUACUAAAGAAUCAGCUAUUCUGUAAACUGUCGAAGUGCCACUUCCACGUCACCACGGUAGAUUACCUCGGUAUUGUUAUUUCCCCCGCCGGCUUCUCCAUGGACCAGAAGAAGAUCGAAGCCGUUACUACGUGGCCCACACCUAAAACGGUCAAGCAGGUCCAGGCCUUCCUAGGGUUUGUUAAUUACCUUCGUUGGUUCAUCCCCAAUUUCAGUUCGGUAGCACGCCCCCUCCAUAAUCUCACAAAAAAGGAAUCCCCUUGGUCAUGGGGAAAUUCAGAAGAAACUGCGUUCAAAGAAUUAAAGGCAUUGGUCACUCAAUCCCCGGUUCUGAUCCACUCCAAUCCCAAACUCCCCUACUACCUGGAAACAGACGCUUCAGGAGUAGCUAUGGGCGCCAUCUUGAGCCAAAGAGGUCCAGACAACCGGCUGCAUCCCAUUGCCUAUAUGUCCAAGUCCUUCUCUGGAGCAGAAGCCAAUUAUGACACCCACGAUAAGGAGCUCCUGGCUAUCAUCAAAGCGCUAGAGGAAUGGAGAAUAUUCUUGGAAGCAACGGACAAACCGGUACAGGUCUUCACGGAUCAUAGGAAUCUGGAGUAUUGGAUGCAGGCACAAACAUUUAACCGUAGGCAUGCCCGAUGGCGCAUAUUCCUGAGCGACUUCAACUUUGAGAUCCACUAUCGCCCAGGAAAGCAAUCAGGGAAACCAGACGCCCUGUCCAGACGAUCGGACUACGUUGAUACAUCACCAGAACCAGAGGUAAUGCUCCCCGCAGAAGUCUUUGCCAAUACAUCAGAAGAGGAACUGGAAAUUGUCACGGAAAUACGCUCCAAGCUAAGGGAAGAUCCAUCCCUUGAGCCUAUCAUCCAAUUCCUAACUGAAGACGCGGAUAACGCUCCUCCCUCCAUUCGGAAGGCUUACAGAGACUACGACUGGGAGGAAGAUCUACUGUGGUAUCGAGGAAAACUGGUGGUCCCGGACUCAGAAGCCCUGAAGGAACGAUUACUCAGGGAAUUCCACGACUCUCCACUAGCGGGUCACCCAGGCCAGCAAAGGACCCUGGAGCUCUUGAGCCGCAACUACUGGUGGCCAGGAAUGAAAUCAUCCGCCAAGGAAUGGGUGGAAUGCUGCCCCACUUGUCAAGCCAAUCGUCGUGCCCACAACCCAGUCAUAGCCCUAAAACCCUUAGAAGUUCCCCCCUUUCCAUUUCACACCAUCUCCUAUGACUUCAUCACGGGUUUUCCCAAGUCAGAAGGACAUGAUGCAAUCCUGGUAGUUAUUGAUUCGUUCUCCAAGUUAGGCCACUUCAUCCCUACCUUGAAAAAAGUUUCAGCAAAGGGCUUGGCUGACCUCUUUGUCUCCCACAUCUGGAAACUUCAUGGGCUCCCCAUCAAAACUAUAUCAGAUCGAGGGACUACAUUCACAGGGAAAUUCCUUAGGGCACUCUACCAACGAUUAGGGAUUAAACCUUCCUUUUCCUCGGCCUACCACCCUGAAUCAGACGGCCAGACGGAACGUGUCAACCAAUUUAUCGAGUUCUACCUAAGGUCUUAUGUAGCAGCGGAUCAUUCAGAUUGGGUUAAGUGGUUACCACUUGCGGAGUAUGCCUAUAACAACGCCAAGCACUCAGCCACUGGAAAAACCCCAUUCGAAUUGAUUUAUGGCAGAAAUCCAAUCAUGAAUCCGUCAAACAUCCCUGCAAACGUCCCAGAAGCAGACCUUGUGGCAGACACCCUAGCCAGGGAAUGGAAGGAAGCCAAAGCAGCCCUCAGAAUGAGCAAGGAACGGAUGACAAGGGAUAAAGGAACCGUCCCGGAAUACUCAAUAGGGGAAAAAGUCUGGCUAGAUGGAAAAAACGUAGAACUUAGGACAAAUUCCAACAAGUUAGACCCCAAGCAACUAGGUCCCUUUGAGGUAUUGGAGAAGGUAUCCAGUCACGCGUACUGCCUCAAAUUACCGGAAACCCUUAAAAUCCACAACGUAUUCUAUGUGGGUUUGUUAUCCAGGGCACACAUAUCCCCAAGUCAACCAUUCCCAGAAAAACCCCCUCCUGAAACAAUAGAAGGGGAAGAAGAGUAUGAGGUGGAACAAAUUAUCGACUCCAAAAGACAACGAGGGAAAUGGUUCUACCUAAUCAAAUGGAAGGGUUAUGGACCGGAAGACAAUUCCUGGGAACCGGAAGAACUCCUAGAGCACAGCCAAGAGGAAAUCCAACGAUUCAACAAGUCACGACUGAAAAAGGCUCGUGACUCCGCCAAGAGCCUUUAA